AUGGAUCUGGAGUCCAAUUCACCACCUCUUAAGCCGCCGCUGACGGACCAGAACGUGCAAGAUGUGCAAGAUGCGCAGGAUCUCGCUGCCCUCGGCCAUUCCCAGGCCCUGACGCGCAAAUUCGAUAUGUGGAGUAUGCUAGCGCUGGCAUUUUGCGUGCUAGGAACCUACUCGACCUUCGCCCAGGAUCUCAGCAGUGGACUGACCAAUGGUGGUUCCAUCACAAUUCUUUGGGGCCUGGUGCUGGUCACGGCGUGCAACCUAUGUGUUGCGCUCUCGCUGGGCGAGUUGACCAGCAGCAUGCCCACGGCUCUCGGUCAGGCUUACUGGGUGUAUCGUCUGUGGAGCACCCCACUUGGUCGAUUUGUUUCGUACAUGUGUGCAUGGAUCAAUACAUUUGGAUGGUGGACCUUGACUGCGUCGCAGGUCGCCUUCAUGACUGAAUUUCUUCUCGGCAUGAAGACAAUGUUCCAACCCGACUGGAGUGGAGUCGACAAGGGCUGGCUGAACUUUGUCGUAUAUAUCGGUGUUGUUCUUGCUUUUACGGUGAUCAACAUCGUCAGUUGCCGCAGGGAAAAGAUCCUUCCAUGGCUGAACAACUUCGUCGGCGUGUGGUUCUUUGGGCUGUUUAUAGUCCUCUCCCUCGUGCUGCUGAUCUCGGUCGGGACUAAGGCCGACCUAUCCUUCCAACCCGCUUCGUUCGCUUUCGGUGAAUGGAUGAAUGAAACCGGUUGGAGCGACGGUGUCGUUUGGUUCACCGGAUUGGUGCAGGCAGCAUAUGGUCUGACUGCGUUUGACUCGGUCAUCCAUAUGGUCGAGGAAAUUCCUGCACCCCGGAAGAACGCCCCCAGAGUCAUCUGGAUGGCUGUUCUAUUCGGUGCCGUGACGGGAUUCAUCUUCAUGGUGGUCUGUCUUUUCUGCAUCCAAGACGUGGAGGCAGUCGUCGGCGCCGACCUGCCAUUCAUCGAGCUCAUGAUUGAGACUGUCGGGUUGAAAGGUGCUGCUGUACUGAUUGCGCUGUUUAUCUUCAACGGCAUGGGCCAGGGCAUUAGUAUUCUCACGACAGCCUCCCGAUUGAGCUGGGGAUUCGCUCGCGACGGCGGACUUCCUUUCAGUAAAUACUUCUCCCACGUCGAUCCUGUGUGGCAAGUUCCCGUCCGAGCCCUUUGGGGCCAGGGCAUCGUCAUCGGCAUCGUCGGCAUCCUAUACCUGUUCGCCAACACCGUGCUCGAGGCGAUUCUUAGUGUCAGCACGAUCGCCUUGACUGUCUCCUACGCGAUGCCCAUCCUGGCCUUGCUCAUCACCGGGCGCGAGAAAUUGCCCCCGGGUCCAUUCAAGCUCGGUCGCUUUGGACCCUGGUUGAACUGGGUCAGUAUUGUCUACUGUGUCAUCACCACUAUCUUCUUCCUGUUCCCCGGCAGUCCGAACCCGAAGGGAAGUGAUAUGAACUUCGCCAUUGCUGUCUUCGGUGUUAUGUUGGUGAUCGCUAUUGCCUUUUGGUUUAUCCAAGGCAGCCGGACUUAUCUUCAGACUGAAGAUGCCAUCGCAUCAAUGGUCUACGCCCACCAUCUGGAGAUGAAUGAGCCAGGUGUUGAUGAGCCUGUGCCCGCAAUUCAAGCUCCUGUUGUUGUUAAUGAGAAGUGA